AAAAUCCAAUUAUGGACCCAAUAAAUGCCCGGCCCUGUAAGUCCAAAACCUCUAUCCCCACAUUUCUUUUUAAGUGGCCCUUCGUUGAUUUUUCUCGCUCUUAAACCCUAAACCCUCCUGUAUUCAUCUAGCGGUGAAGACUAGAAGGAACAUGAAUUUCAACAACGUUAAAGUUCCCAAGGUUCCGGGUGGUGGCGCAGCUUCUACUUUGCUUAAGUUGGGACUUCUUGGUGGGGUUGGCGUGUACGCAGCUGCCAACAGUCUCUAUAAUGUUGACGGAGGGCAUCGAGCAAUUGUGUUCAAUCGUAUAGGUGGUGUCAAAGAUCAGGUUUAUGUUGAAGGGACACACAUUAUCAUUCCAUGGUUUGAGAGGCCAAUCAUCUAUGAUGUCCGUGCACGACCCCAUCUAGUGGAGAGUACUUCAGGAAGCCGUGACCUCCAGAUGGUGAAAAUCGGUCUUCGAGUUCUUACCCGUCCUGUGCCAAAUCAGUUACCUACAAUUUAUCGAACCCUUGGUGAGAAUUUUAAUGAAAGGGUCCUGCCUUCAAUUAUUCAUGAAACUCUGAAAGCUGUGGUUGCAAGGUAUAAUGCCAGCCAGCUCAUUACUCAGAGAGAGGCUGUUAGUAGGGAAAUACGGGAAGUUUUAGUAGCUCGAGCAGCCAAAUUCAAUAUUGCACUGGAUGAUGUGUCAAUUACGAGUUUAACUUUCGGGAAGGAAUUUACAGCUGCUAUUGAAGCCAAACAGGUAGCUGCACAAGAAGCUGAGAGGGCUAAAUUUAUUGUGGAGAAGGCUGAACAAGACAAGAGAAGUGCUAUUAUCAGAGCUCAGGGUGAAGCCAAGAGUGCCCAGCUGAUUGGUCAAGCUAUCGCCAACAAUCCAGCAUUUACCACUUUAAGGAAGAUCGAAGCUGCGAGAGAAAUUGCUCAUACUGUCUCAAAUUCAGCCAACAAAGUUUUCCUUGAUUCAAGUGAUCUGUUGCUGAACCUUCAAGAGAUGAAUUUAGAUCCCAAGGGGAAGAAAUAGGCAUUUCAGGUUGCAAUAAGAGUAUCAUCCCUAUCUUUUUGUUUGUCACCUGAUCAACUGUGUAGAUAUUUCCUCAAAAAGUGAGAUGUCAGCAAAUUAAAUGGCUAUUUUGCUUUAAUGGACCAUGUGAAACAAUGAAUUCUGUUGGCUCAUCAAAUUGCCAGCAACAGAUAGCCACAUCUCCUUUCGGAUCUCUUGGAAAUGUUUUUCUUGAGAAACACUAAAUUGUUGCAUUCUUUAUGAAUGUCUCUAUGGACCAAGUCUCUUUCGUUUUGUCAUAAAACAGCAGUUAUAUUUAAAUUUUUACACCUUUUUCUUCUCUGAA